AUUCUCUGAUUGGUCAGAACUUUGUGAAGUAUUCAUCAUUGGCCAACCAAUGUAUGUCUUGGAAAAUCGCUCAGUAUUUGGUUUAAAGGGCCGACGUAAACAAACCAUCCCUCUACUAACACGUGCAGAGAGUGUUUCAUGUGAACUUGUAAUAUUAGAGUUUUUACGACGUUUGCUGCAGAUAGUUUCUACAUUAUGAUGUCACAAGUGCCCAGGCGAAUUUCCAGAUUCCUGCAAGUGCGACGGUUCAAAGAAUUAGAAAUAACCUACAGAGGGAAAAAGACAAAAGCCAAACUGUCAUAUGGAAAACAUAAAAAUGAUCCAACAGAAGUUGCCCUUAAGCAUUUCGACCAAAACUACCGGCCGCUGUUUGGAGACGAAUGGCCAUCUAUUCGCCUAGCCUUGCUGUCCAUGCCCAAUUCAGGGGCUCUCCUCAACAAUUACAGUGAUGUGCAAGAGACAUUGGAUAGACUUCAUUCGAUAGGUGUAGAAGACUUUGUACAACCUCAUGCAGGACACCUCAGGAUAGAAAGUGAAACUCGGUCUCACUCUCAGAGAUUAAAAGGAGGGGUCAAUGAGAGUAAUCAGAGUACCUCAGGAAAUGGAACCAGAGUUGAUGAAGAAUCCCAAAGUGCUUCAGGAAGUACAAGAUUAGAUAGUGUCGCAGUAGCACAGAAGCUUCAGGAAAGAGAGAUGAUCAUCAGGGCGAGAGAAGAAGAUGGUUCAGAGGAGGGAGUGUUUGAACAUGAUGAACUUGAGAACAAAAAAGCAGGGCAUCUGACAAAACCUUGGUGGGAUGGACAAUAUAUUGUUGCUCCUGGUUACGAGCACAGGAUGGACCUCCUGCAGCAGAUGGAGUUGGAAGGGAGCGGGGACAGCGAGUUGAUGUCGGAGCAUUCCGGUGCUAACUACGUCAAAGUUGUGGAAGCUGAGCUCGAGGUAAGUCCCCACUUGAGAUGUUUCUUACACAAGUCAUCUCCGAAGAGGUUGCCACAGGCGAAGAGGGGCAGGGAGUUACCAUAUCUUCAGUAUUACAUCAUGGAUCCCGCUUCGGUUCUUCCUGUCUUGGCGAUGGAUCUUAGAAGAGAUGAUGUGGUCCUGGAUCUUUGUGCUGGACCAGGAGGGAAAACUCUGGCUAUUUUACAGUCAAUGCUGAUCAGUACCCUGACUACCAAUGAAAAGGUAUUAUCUCGGAGGCGGCGUCUGCAUGAAGUACUUGGACUUUGCUUACCCAGGAGCAUAAGAAGCAGUGGAGCCAUCCGCGUGUCUGGAUUAGAUGGAUGUGAAUGGGGCCAGAUAGAACCGAAUGCAUAUGACAAGGUGUUAGUAGAUGUGCCUUGCUCCACAGACAGAGUGUCUGCAACCCAACCAGACAAUAACAUUUUCAAAGUGAGUCGAUCAAGAGAAAGAUGGGACCUACCACAACUACAAACAGAUCUACUCUGUGCCGGGCUUCAGGCAGUCAAACCCGGAGGAACGGUGGUGUAUUCCACCUGUACCAUGUCACCCCUCCAAAACGAUGGAGUCAUCCAGAGCACCCUCACAAGAUGUCGGGAGGAAUUCAACAUCGAAGCAACCGUGGCUGACCUUUCACCUCUAGCGAGAGCAUACAAUGGUGUCUUCAGCUUCUUCUCGAACUGUCGCUAUGGCCAGCUUGUCGUGCCCAGAAUAACUGCCAAUUAUGGACCCAUGUAUUUCAGUCGACUGAUCAGGACUCGAUAGCAUAUUUUCACCCGAGACUCCAGAAAAUUACUUUUUGUGAUAGUUGUGAUAAUAAGAGAAACAAAGCAUGGGAAAGGGAAUUUGAAUGUCUAUGCGAUUCUUCCUGCUGCAUAUAUAUAUAUAUAUACUGUAGGAUUUAAUGCAAGACCAUCACUGGUAAAAUGUAUGGGUCAAAGGUCAUUAAUUGGGUGUAAACCAACUGCCGUGUGCUUCUUAGACAUGCAUAUUGGGAUUUUUAAAUAUUUUAAAUAUCGAAUGAGUAUUGAUUUUUUUAGUAUAGAGUAUGAUCAAAACGUGUUCUCAUAUUCUAUUCACUAUAGUCAUUUUUAUGAUGUCAUCUAUUAAAAAAGAUAGCCCAAAACCUAGCUCGAUGAUGUAUGGUACCAUUGCAACAGCUGUACUGUACAACCCCUGCACAUACAAUCCAUUGUGAUACAAUUUAUUAACAUAUUGCAUUUUGUUGCAUCAACUAUAUUGAAAGUUCAACAAGUAAAAGAAUCAGGUUGAUGUUAGGACUUGAAUACACAACUAAAAAUUCUGCUUUACAGUAUUAGCCUUGUGGUAUGGAGCAAAGUUAACCUGUCUUCAAAUUGCGGUUGAUAACAAGACUUAUAUAACACUACUACAAUUUUGAAUUGAUUACCCUUUUAUUCCUAUAGAGAUGUUUGAUAUACUAGAUUUAGAAUUUUGAUUCAUAACACUAUUCAGACCUUUGAUCUUAAGAUUUUAUUGGUUGGAAUUCUCAAAUAUUAUUCAAGAUUUUUUGCAAACAGAUUGUGUAGUGUGCACUGGGCUUAAAAGUAAACUUGCAUGCGAUACGCUAUACUCUGAUGAAAUCACUAAACUACAUAAUUCUGGUCACAAACAACUUAAAGCCCCCAUCACACUUAUUCCGAAUCAAGCAGAAUUGGCCUGAAUGAAAGGACUAUUGUUUGACCACCAGUUGGUCAUUUAAAUCUACUUCGAACACCGUUCGAAAAUAUCCCUCGAAUGUUUUGAACAUGACCAAAACCUUCGGGAUGGCCAAAAGAAAUGACAAAAAUAUUUCGAAUGCACUCAGAAUGCAGUCAGGAUAUUUAGAAUGUCCAAGAACGUAGCACGAAUUAUCAAUCUGACUCCAUUGCGGUUCAUUUUGACUAGUGUAUGAUGAUACACGUCAAUUUUCUGAAUUUCAACUCCAGUUUGGUGAAUUCAUAAGUUCCUCCCCAAAAUUUCUAGAUUUUUUGAAUAUUUUUUUCUUUCCAGCUUCUGCUUGAUUCCUGCUGAUUCCGAAUAAGUGUGAUGGGGGCUUUACAUAGACAAAUCACAAGCCUUUUUAAAUAGUUGUUUUGUCAACUGUUUAUUCUAUUUAAAUGAACACUAAACAUCAUAUGUAUAAAACUACAGGCUAAUGCACAUCCAUAUUAUGAAUUUAUUUUCAUCAAUUACACUUGUUUUGGCAUAAAAAAUUGAAUGCAGUUCUCUCCUUUUCCCCUAUUUGAUUUCUUUUCCUUUUUGGGUAUAAUUCGAUUAUUAAAAGUUUUGAUAUUAGUGAUUACAAUUAUUCUCAACCAAAAAUAA